AUGGGUGCAAAACGAAAACGUUCAUCUUCUUCAACUCGUGCUGCUGAACCAAAAACAAUAUCUAAUAGAAAAUCGACUACGAAAGUCGAUAGCGAAGCAUCAUAUAAUAAUAAACCAACAACAAAUUCACUGAAUAGACAAGAUACAAAAAAAACUACGAUAAAAACAAAAGGAAGUCAACAAGUUAAAUAUAAUGUUGGUGAACAAGUUCAAUAUGAUCCUGUACAUAAAGGUUCAACAAGACGUGCACAAGGCAAAGUUACAAAAAUAUUAACAGGAGCAAAGAAAUCAGAUCCUUCAACAAAAGAAGUUCGAUAUAUCAUUGAAAACGAUAAUACAGGAAAAGAAACAAGUCAGCUAUUUUGA